CCAAGGACUCCGUCGCCGUGGAGAGUGCAAAGGGUUGCUAAAGAGUUGCGUUGGUCAACAUCACCCACCGGUUGGAGGUGGGUUUGAUAACAAACAAUUAAACAAUGGCUAUACAUUACCAUGCCGUUUUUGUUCUGACCAUUGCCAUCAUUGGCAUGGUCGGUGCAGCGGUAGUGCCAAGAUCAUUACUACCCACCGGAGAUACGAACGUGCCGAUGAAUCUAACCGCCGAUAUUGUUCUGCGUGACGGAUACUAUCUCGAGCAGCACCAGGUAACGACGGCCGAUGGCUACAUCCUAACGAUGUUCCGCAUUCCGGGCAGUCCGGCCAAUCCGGUGCGCCAGGGCAAGAACGUUGCCUUUCUGAUGCACGGACUGCUAAGCUCGUCGGCCGAUUACGUUAUUUCCGGCCCGGGACGGGCGCUCGCCUACCUGCUAGUGGACGCCGGAUACGACGUGUGGCUGGGCAAUGCCCGUGGCAAUACAAACUCCCGCCGCCAUAUCUUUCACGAUCCGGAUGCACGCAGUACAAACUUCUGGGACUUUAGCUGGCACGAGAUCGGCUACUUCGAUCUGCCCGCCAUGAUCGAUUACACGCUCGCGUACACGGGCCACACUUCGCUGCACUAUGCGGGCCACUCGCAGGGCACAACCUCGUUCUUCGUGAUGGCAUCAACACGGCCGGACUACAACAAGAAGAUACGCUCGAUGCAUGCACUAGCGCCGGUUGCGUUCAUGAGCAAUCUGCGGUCUCCGUUCGUGCGUGCCUUUGCACCGUUCGUAAAUCAGCUCGAGUGGAUCAUGAGCAUGUUGGGCGUGAACGAGUUCCUGCCAAGCAACGAGAUGAUGAUACUUGGCGGUCAGCGGCUGUGUGAAGAUGAGUCCCCGUUCCAGGAGGUGUGUGCCAAUGUGCUGUUUCUGAUUGGUGGAUUCAAUUCGCCCCAGCUGAAUCGGACCAUGAUACCGGCACUGUUGGAGAAUGCACCGGCGGGCGCAUCCGUCAACCAGCUGGUACACUACGCGCAGGGUUACAAUUCGGGCCGCUUCCGACAGUACGACUUUGGCCUUACGCUGAACCUUAUCCGGUAUGGGUCGGUUCGUCCGCCGGACUAUCCGCUGCAUCGUGUAACGGCCCCGGUGGCGCUGCACUUUAGCGACAAUGACUGGCUGGCGGCUGUGUCGGAUGUGCGCGAGCUGCACUCGCAUCUAUCGAACUCGAUCGGACUGUUCCGUGUGUCCGAUCUGCGAUGGAACCAUCUGGACUUUGUCUGGGGCAUCGACGCGAACACGUUCCUGUACGAACGAGUGAUUAGCUUUAUGGAUCGAUUCAACUGAUACGAACGGGAUUCGUUCGUGCCUCAAUGGGGCAGUGGUGGAGGGAUUUAGAUUCGUGCUAAAAGAUGGAAUUAUUUUGCAGGGUGUUACAAGUUGAGGAAAAUAUAAAAUGCAAGCAAUAACUUA